AUGCGCGUCGAUAACGUUGAUAUGGGCGAUACUAACGAUACGGAGCACUGUGCCCCUCCUGAUGCAACCUCCAGUGGGGAGCCGUUUUUGGACUUUGACGCAUUGGCCUUUGAUCCUGGUACACUUGAGUCCAACGCAUAUGAAUCUGCUUUUGAGAAUGGAUUGGGGGGAAAUGAGCUCGAGUUCAAUUUUGACGAUUUAUUGUCUGCGGAUAUGACCCAACUGCCUCUCACGGCAGAUGGCACCGAUUUUACACAGGCUCCUCGGCUUCAAGACGAUACCAGCUUGCAACAUGACGGUCUACAACGCCCAGGGACUGAUCAACUCGCACUCAACUUCGGGGACCUCAUGAGGAAUGUUUCUGAAUCCCCAUCUUCAACUCGAUCACCAAGCAUCCUAACUCCGCCAAUACCCUCUCCCCUUCCACCAAAGAUCGGGCAUCGCUUCACCCUCGAUGCCAUCCGCUCAUUGAAGGACUGGUUCGCUCGAAACAUCGACAACCCCUAUCCAAAUGAAGAAGAAAAGAAUAUGCUGGAGCUCCAGACCGGCUUGACAAGAACUCAGAUCACAAAUUGGCUAGCGAAUGCUCGAAGACGUAGAACUACUACCGACAGCGGAACUCAGACUGCUUCGGGAAAGUCUGGCAAGACUCCUUCCGAGUAUACACCAACACGAGCUGGUACACCAAUACCAAGAAGACGAUCUGAGAAAGGGAUGCAUCCUUUACAGAGAUGGGUUGAUUCACCACCUGAGAACGAACCGGCGGCGGUGUCUGCUAUUGCCCGUGCGAUGGCUUCAGGCCAAUUAGUCACAUCCAAACAGGAAGUCGAAGUCGAAGAGGAACAUUCUCAAGUGAUGAAAGAAUACCCCGAAGACGUGGCCAUAGAUCAAACGCCAGCAGUCUUGGCACUUCAAGAAGCGCAUCAACAGAUUCACGUUCCUCACGCGGCUCCAUCAGCGGUACCUCAUCACACAGCCGCGGCAGUCGAAAAUACGAUUGGCAACGCCAUGAAAAUUCAUUACAUCUGUCUUUGGAACGAUGGGAGUGUUCCCCUGACGGCCCAACAGCCACGGAUCCAGAUACCGGCCAAGUCAUUUGUCUAUUCUGCGAUGGGGUGUACGAUGAAUAACUGGGUUGGAGACUGGGGAUUGGAAGACGAUAUAUUGAAGACUAUAGAGAAGGCUUUACCACCAUACUUGGUCGAAUUGGAACGUGGAACUCCGUUCCCCUUCGCAGCGAGUGGUAAACCACCUGAUUCUCCCCGAAGUGCAUACGAACUCAUCACGCUGGAGUUGGCAUAUUUUAUUUCGAAUCACACCGACAAUAUUGGAAGUCUGCCAAGCCACGAAAGCCUACAAUUGGAGGCAUGCCGAAUCAUGUUUGCCUCUGAAGUGACAUUUCCUGAAGCGAACCUGGACUCUCACGGGAGCCCAUCGUGGUUCAGAGACUUGCUUCUGUCCUCUGACGAGAUUGCUCAGCAAGCUCGCUUCGCACCGAUUCGAUCGAGUACAGAGAGCAGACUUUCUGUAUUGAGGGUCAAGGGCAAGAACUCUUUGUUUGAGGACUGUCCGCUGGAGUCACGACUGCAAGCGUUCAUGCGCGAUCGCCGAAUGAGGGAACUGUCUGAGGUGUCUGAUGGAGAACUACAAAAAGAGGCGGGUCGCAUCGUCAUGCAGAUGGAAAGCGAGCUUCAAACAAAGCCACAAUUUGUAGCUAACUGGUUGACCGGUUUUCUUUAUCACUCAACGACCUGGAUAAGCGACUUUCGGCGGCGUGCAGACCUGAUGUCAGCCGAUGACAGCUGGAAACUCCCAUCGCCAGGUGAUCUUGCAUGGUCUACUGAGCCGACAAGUGUCCAGGCACAGCAUGAUCUAUCUUUGGUGAACGACUCGUCUCUCUUUGGCGGAAAUGACUGGUCUUUUGGAGAGCAACCUGGGCUGUCGGGCGCAAGCAUAAUCUGGCAAACGAACGAACCGGACAAGAACGCUCAGCAACCUACGUUGGACUCAUCACUCGAUGAUUUUACAUGGCUUUGGUCGGACGACAAAUCACCACCUAAGAUACCACAGACGACCCCGAGUCCUGGAGCCGAAGGGGAGUCAGGCCUCCGACCGACGUGGCUUGGUCCGGGUAUCUAUGUCUUGAAUGAUCCGAACCAUCUCCCAUGGUUUGCGCGCGAGAUGAAGAGAUGGGUGAAAGCUGCCAUGUCACCCAAUAACCCGAUCUGCCAUGUUCCUUCGGAUGAGGAGCUUAGGCAUCAAGCUCGAUGUCUGCUUUAUAAUGAUGACGAUCCUUGGAACCAAACACCUGCGGACCAUGCGCAAUGGUUGGAGAUGUUCAAGAAGGAAGUAGGAAUUAUUUGA